AUGGCUGACGCUCCCGUUACCCUGCGGACUCGCAAGUUCAUCCGCAACCCGCUCUUGAGCAGAAAGCAGAUGGUUGUUGACAUCCUUCAUCCUAACCGCGCAAACAUCUCUAAGGAUGACCUGCGGACGAAACUCGGAGAACUCUACAAAGCCAACAAGGACCAAAUAUCAGUAUUUGGACUCCGCACCCACUAUGGUGGUGGAAAGACCACCGGCUUUGCUCUUGUUUAUGACUCUACUGAGGCCUUGAAGAAGUUCGAGCCCCGUUACAGACUCGUUCGCUAUGGCACUGUCGACAAGAUUGAGCGACCAAGCAGAAAACAACGCAAGAGCAGCAAGAUCAGAGCUAAGAAGCUCCGAGGAACGGCUAAGGUUAAGGGUGUCAAGAAGGCCAAGAAAUAA